AUGCCAGAAGGAUUAGAAAAUUUAGUAGAAUGGGAUUAAUAGUAAGGAGCAUUCAGAUUACCGUAAGGUAUGAAUAGAGGAAUGUUAGGAAAAGCAUCUGAAAGCAGGAAACUCAUGACAUAAGUCUUAGAGAAAAGAGGAAUAAUAGGACCAAAGCAAAGAAAGAAUGGUAAAGCCAGAGGAGUAGAUGGCACGCAACUAAUCAGGUAAGAAUUAAUUGAAUACGUACCCACUAACAAGCAACGCAAAGACAACCAAUAGAGAAACGCAUAAACAGAUAACAAAUAUCAGCAAGAAAGACUGUUUAGCACUUCCCGAAGCGAUUAUUACGAGAGAACGUUCGAUAAAGGAACAUUCCUAAGGACAAAUAUAGGCGAACACCUAUACGCUGAUAUUGAGUAAAUGAUAGGACUAUAAAUAGUCGACUAAGAAAUCCCAGACACAGCAGUUGAAAUCAAGCUGAUUAAAACAGUAAGUACAAAGAAAGGUAAUGACAUCUUGAUAAAACAUGGAGCAUAUUUCCUAGGUACCUUCCUUUUAUAGAAAGAAAAAGUAUGCUACUUGCUAAAACUUAUCUGCAAAGCGCUAAUAUGGGGAAUGAAUGUCUCCUAGUUAGAAAAAGAGAUAUAUAGGGGUAGCAAUUUAUGCCUAAACUAUGCAUGGGGUCUCUGCAUUCAUCCGGAAUGUAACUGCUCACACGACAGAGACUACUAAGGAAUCUUAUUCAGGUAUGUGUAAACCAGAAAUAGAUAUAGCCAAAGGAGUCACGGUGGAUAAUUUGUCAAAAUAGAAGACUAAUAAACUGAGAUAGGACAAAUCGUCCAAAUAGACAAACAAAGACUUAACUUCGCACUAAGAAAGGUAAACUACUUCUAGGCUAAUAGAAGUGGAAGAACUAUGAUAUAUUUAGGAGAUUAUAGCAGAAUUUUACAUGGUUUAUGCAUCAGUAGCGGCAUGAACGAACAACAGGGAGGAAUGUUACCAUCUGAAAUGAGAGAAAAGAAGAAUUGUGUGAGAAUCAUAAGAUAAUACCUCAUGGGAUAAGCACACAUGGACGACCUUGCAGUUAGAUACGCUUUCAUACAAAUCUUCCACGACAAAAGAGUAAUGACAUAAACAUGGUAUGCACCAACUAGUCAUCAAGAAAAAGAUGCAAUUAUGGGUCUUGAUGACAAAAUGGAAGACUGGACAUAAAAGGCAAGAGAAUAAUACAUGAUAGAUAAUAGAUCAAUAGCAAAUAACAUAUAAGCAAUGACACCAACAUAAUUCUUCUAAUCAAACAAAUGGACAGUGUAUAAAAAGGCUCAAUUUAUAUACAACCCUGACUUAAAUGAGAGAACACACCACCUGAGGUUGAGAGGAAACUCAGCACCAUACUCAAACUAAGCAUACGAUAGUAUCUACAAUAAAUGUGAAAACAGUAUGAUAGAAAAGAGUAGAGAAAUGAUAUUCGAUGACACUGAAGUUAUGUAUUAUGAUCUGAACUAACCAAUUGAAACUAUGAAAUAAUAUGUUAGUAACAGACGGUUCUGGGAAGAACAAUAAGAAACUGCUAAACCCUAUGGACAAUUCGUGAGAAAAUAACUAGGAACCUAUGAAAAGGAUUCUAAAAGAAAGUAUUAUGAUGAAUACUUCCCUAUGCUUAGAUCAACACAAAUAUCAUCAAUGGAUGAAGCGAGCAUUUUAGUAUAAGCUCUUAAAAGAGGCUUAUUAAGCACUAAAGAUGCAGAUAUUGCCAAUAAUUACCAAGGUAAGUACCACUUCGACAUGACAUCAGAAAUACCGGCACCAGGUAUCCAAAACAUAUCACAAGGAGCGAGAAGCUUCGACAUCGAGAGAGAUGUCACAAUAAUCUCGAAAAGAGAUUAAACUAGGAAAAUUAUAUUGAGGGAAAUGGUAAGAUUAGCCCAAUAAUUAGAAAACCUCCCUAUACAAGACAAAGAUCUAUAAAGAAUCAUUCAUAGAGAAGAAGGUAAGUACUACUUAUAAAGAAUAGAUAUCUUUAAAAGUCUACUAAGCCUGGAGGAUGCAGGCUUAUAAGACAGUAUAAGUACUUUGAUGGGAAGAAUGAAUGAAGAAAAUACUCCAGGAUUACAAGAGAUGAGAAGAAAAUAAGGCCUCUCAGUAUAAGAUAUUAAGAAAUAUCUAGAAGAUCCUAACCUCCUAAGAGCUUUCUGCUAUGUAGCUGAAGAACAAUGUACCCAAGAAAAUGUAGCUGAUCAUGGAACCAAUUGGGUUAUAGGAAAUAUAAUGAUUGUUAGAAUUAACAAAGGAGGACAAUAUGGAGUAUUAUAUGUGGCAGAAAUUGACUUUGAAGAGAUCAUUUAAGACAUAUCUGGACAUUUUAUGAGUAGGUUUAGUGAAGAAGAGCAUAAGCAAUACAAAGAUGAAAAGGGUAAAAUCACUGAGGAAGAAAGGUAGCAAUUUGUUUCGAAGUUUAGAGUAACAGAAAAAGAAUGUGAAGGAUAUAAAGAUGACCUCGAAAAAAUAUACAGCACCUUCUAUACUAAAGAAUCGCUCUCUAGUACUACAAUAAAAUAAAUGAUGACAAUCUCUAAGCUAGAAGUGCAAUAAAAUGAAACAAAUCAGAUGAUCAAAUAGAAAGAAAACGAAAUAAUCGACGCUGCUAUCUUAGAAUAGAAGAUACUGAGAAUAAGAAAAUAGAGAUACAUUCAAGAAGCAGAAAAUAAGAAAUAAUUAUUCCGAAAUAUUAGGGUAGAAGUGCCAGAAAGAUAAUCGAAUAAAGAAGCAGAAGAUUAUAAAGAAGAAAGAGAUAGAGAAAUAAACGCACAAGACUAAGAGGAACGCCCUAAAUAUUAUAACUCAGGAAUAAAGAGACAACCAACGAUCAUCGACAACCAAUUCGAACAAAGAAAGAUCACGAACUACAUUAAAGUAGGAAGAGCUUUAAUAUAUGAAGAAGAAAUAAACAAGAGGAAUUAAGCCACUAAACCAAAUGUAAGUCCAUAAUAGGUAGUAAGUCAACAAAUUGAAGCACAAGAUGUACAAAUGAGUUCAAAUGAAAUACCAUUAAGUCAAAAUAAAUCGCUUCAAGACACUUCCAACGCACUAAACCAAAGUUUCAGAAGUGAAAAUGAAAGAAUUAGAGUUAAUGUUAUUUAGAUCAAGAAAGAUAAAAUAUUGGCAAUAGCAGAAGCAGAACAAAUGUAAAAAGACUUAAAAAUGAUAAACAAUGGUGAAGAAGAUAAAGAACCACCUGAUGUCGGUGAGAAAAAGAAGCGUGGAAGAUAGAAUAGCACAAUGAAUCCCGAAAGUGGAAGUAGAAAGCCUCAAAUCCCUAGAUAUGCGAAAAAAUAAACUCACAAAUCCCCUGCCAGCUAAAGUAAGUAAAAAUCCUCACUAAGUAGAAGCAGAGAAAGAGACUAACGUGAAGGAAGUAUAGCUACAAGAACAAGAAGAAGUAGUACCGCCGCAGACCUGUAAUUCAGAAACGAAAGACUCUCCGAGUAGGUGAAUUAAGAUCACUCAAAUACUCAAGUCAUGGAGAGGAAGGGCGAUGUUAAUAAUCCUACUUCUAAAACGAGGUUGCGGAAAGACCGUAGAUCUUAGUCUAGCUCCUAGCCUAAGCCCGUGAUCAAUUACUAUAAUUAUGAACAAAUAAACAAAGAUUUGUACGUAAAGUACUAUCAGUCAUCCCAAGAAGAUACUCAAGCUCGAGAGUAUGCCUAUAUGGUAUUUUAGAGCAAGGUACCUACUACUAAUAGCGCAUUAGUAGCAGGUACAAACCUUCACUAAAUUUAAACACCCAUCCACUUUAAUGAAACCAGAACUUUUAAAGAGUACGUUACUACUAUAUGGUAACUGCGCGCAUGCCACAGCUAUUACGGCUAUCUAAUUGAGGGUAGUGAUCGGAUAGGGAAGAUGGAGCACCACCAUGAUAUCCUACAUUUAAUGUGGAAGCAGGGCACUAGUUCUUUGCCAAAAGAACAGAAAGUGUCGACGGUGUCUCUAUCGCGACAUUAUAAAACUAUUGAGACGAGCUCCUAAACCAUAAGCAAUAAAAAGACUUAUCACAGCUAUCAACAAACUGGUAGGAAAUUUGCUAAAUCCCAAAAGUGA